AUGAACCACAGCGCCCUGGCCUUCCGCCCUAAAGCGACGGACAAACGUCCUGUUUACCUUAUCAGCUACACAGUCGAGUCGACCUCUUUCCCACAAGCGGCUAUCUUUGUCGCCCAUCAAACCAGUGCCUUUCCAGACAGCGGGGAUCUUUACUUCAUGGCUCCUGAUCCUGGCAACGCUACAAGAGUGUGCUUCCAGCGUCAACACAAGGCAAUCCAUGAGAUACAAAAGCUACAAAUGAAAGACACCCUCAUGCAAAUAGGCACCACGUCUUCUAAAGAAUAUCCCGAGACUUGGGAUGACACCUUGCACAAGAUGGUAGCCGAGAAGUUCAACCAGCAGGCUGGGACACUUUCGACUUCGCAUGGCUCUACUCUCCACCAGUGGGCCGAGGUGGCGAAGAUGGAGUUGAUGAAAGCUGGACUAGUCGAGUUGCACUCUUCUGCUGGCGAUGAGUUGCAUGUGUAUGAGACUCCGGUGAAGAUCAAGGUUACGAUGAAGGCUUAG